AUGGCCACUUCUAGCCUUGACUACUCUGUUGACCAGGGAAUUGCUAGCUUAUUCGAGCGAACUACAGCCACUCGCUCAGCUUGCGAUACUUUUGCAAGGAAACAUUUGUCUUCUCGUUUAAACAUGGAGACAGUAAAUCUGGCACGCACCAUUUAUGGAGGUUUUGCUCCUAAGGUCGUCUUUAAGGGACAGACUGGGGAAGAUGUGGAGGGAAAAGAGGCCCUUUAUAUCUAUGUCAUGGAUAGAAUACAGGGAAUUAGCUACUUGGAUUUUAUCCUGGCCCACAACAAUCAGUUUCCCGAAAAUUCAGCCGAGUUUUCUUCAUGGCGCGAGAAUCUGGUAAUUGACGUCGCGAAGUUCUUUGCACUUUCGUGGAAAUCACCCCAAAUCGUUGAUCAGAGCUACCGCGAUAGUCUAUAUCAUCAAUAUAAGAGCGAGCUCGAGUUACUACUCAUUUCUCUGCCGGACCGAUUUCGCCCCUUGAUCCAGAAAUCAAUCAGCUCUUUACAUGCUAUAUUUUCUCUUCCCAUGGUGUUAUUACAUAGGGAUUUUGGUGUCUGCAAUAACAUGGUGAACGAAACCACAUGCAAUCUAGUUGGAGUGGUGGAUUGGGCCGAAGCAGAGGUUGCACCAUUUGGCCUAAACCUUCACUUUCACCAACGACUGAUUAGUAAGGUUCAUCUCAAGACUGGUUGGGUGAGAUACGACGGUUAUCUCACAUUGGAGGAUAUAUUCUGGAGCAAAUUCAAGAAGGAAGCUGGAGGGCUGAGCGAUGAGACAAUCAAAACCAUGGAAGCAGCGAGAAUUGUCCGCUUGUUGUUAUCGCGCGGCUUCACCAGUCGUCUUUCUAAGAACACGGAGCCAGUACCCAUUCGGGAUGAUGAAAGUGGAGUAUACAACAUGCGUGACCUAGAUGGAUUGUUAAUCAAUCCGGCCACGAGAUUUAUAGAUCUGGCAUAA